AUGGUAACCGGAACUGGAGAUGCCUCCAGAUCCGCGUCGAGCACUCCAUUGCUGCAAACGGAGGUCCAUGCGCUUCAUCAGAGGCUUGAUGUGCUACAGCGGGAGGUGGCCUGCUGCCGAGAGGAGGCAACAGCUCUGCGGGAGUAUCUCACAGAGGCGCAGAGGACUCAGGCAGAGCAACAGUCAUGUCUGACUGACUUCAUACCAAUCAUAGCAUGCCCUUUGAAGGAUGGUGCGUACAAGCUCCCAUCGCAGCUAGCCGCGGGCGCAGAGGUUGAGGAGGAGCUGUUAAUCAUGGCUAGGGCGGUGUGGCGGGCGCGUCAGAGAAUCCAUGACGAGGCUCCAUCGGAGUUGUCUCGAUCUCGCAGCAGCGGCCAAGAGGCAGCGAUCGCAGCAGCUUUGCUGCCAGAGGCGCUGAAAGCCUACAGGCUGGCGACGUCCGCCGCCGACCUGAGCCCAGCUGGGUCCUCCAUCCGUGCGGUGCUCUCCUGGUACAACCAUUCCGUGCGUUUGGCCCUGGAGACCAAGGGGACCUGGCCAAGGAAAGAGCUGUCGGCUUUGGCCCUGAAGAUGGGGGCAGCCAUGCUGCCCCCUGCGACGCCCUGUGAAUUUGUGGAGGAGCCAUUGUGCUGGUGGGCCUUCGGGCAGCACAGCAGGGAUGCUGACUGGCUUGGCCACGGUUAUUUCUGGCGGCAGAUACCACAGGAACUCUCGCCGGGCUUCCUGCUUGAAAAUGCUGCUGGAAACGCUAUGAACGAUUUCGACUGCCUCGAAGGCGGCUUCCGCCGUCUUGACGGCAAAGUCUUGGCCGCAGACUACUCACUUCUACGGUCCCACUUCCCAGACUUGCAAGGCAAGUCAAAUGUCGAAGUGGAUGCAUGGCUCCUGGAGGAAGCAGCUUGGCUUUCGGAGGGGCAGGCUCAGCGGCUGGACGAGGGCGGAGAUCACCACCACCUCAUCUCUUCAAAAGGGAUCCUGGGAGGCUCACGCUCUGCUUUGCGAGUGCGGAGCGGUGGGCGCGCAGCCACUUUUUUGGUGGGCGAUCGCUAUGGCAUUGACGAGGAGGGCAACUUUCGAGCUGACAUGCUGGAUGUGAAGGGCAUCGGUACCCAUGUGAUGGCCGACAUCUCCUCGGAGAAGGUGACGGGUUUGCUUGGCCUCGCCGACGCUUUGAGGGAGCUGGCCUUCCAGCGUUUGGUGCAGCGGCUUCUGGACCUGGAGGGUCUCAGCGACGCAUGA